CAUGCGGUCCGUCGCCGCGGCACUGCUGGGUUCCUUCUCUCGCUCCCUGAACCGGACGCAUCUUCUCGGGGUUCCAGCGCCUCUUUUUUUCAGCAGUUUUUUUAUUUUUAAUUAUUAUAUAUUUGUUCCCAUGAAGAAAGGUCGGUAGCGGCUGCGCAGAAGGAGCCUGUGCGGAAAGAGCGUCCUUCGCUUUCGCGAUAAACUGUGACGAGAAAACGCGCGACGGGAACGCGGAGCGCAGUUUAGCGGAAGGACGAGGCGCGCGCAGCCCCCAAGCAGCGGGGAUGGAUGAUGGAAUGGCCUUCUUCUGUACUAUGAAAAUUCCUUUGGUCUUUCUGUUUUUGGUUGGCUUUACUUGGCCGUUAAGUCUUUCCCAGACAACAUCAGGGACACUCAAAGAGGCAGAAACAGACGACAACAUCACAAUAUUCACUAGGAUCUUGGAUGGAUUGCUGGACGGUUAUGACAACCGUCUGCGUCCCGGGCUGGGAGAAAAAGUUACUGAGAUUAAAACAAACAUCUUCGUCACUAGCUUUGGCCCGGUUUCUGACACUGAAAUGGAGUACACAAUAGAUGUGUUUUUCCGGCAAAGCUGGAAAGAUGAGCGCCUGCGCUUCAAAGGCCCGAUGGAAAUGCUGCCUUUGAACAACCUGCUGGCCAGCAACAUCUGGACCCCUGACACUUUUUUUCUGAAUGGCAAGAAGUCCAUCGCACACAAUAUGACCACCCCCAACAAGCUGCUGCGGCUUAAGGAUGAUGGGACUCUCCUGUAUACAAUGAGGUUGACCAUAUCAGCCGAGUGUCCCAUGCAGCUGGAGGACUUCCCCAUGGAUGCCCAUGCCUGCCCCUUGAAGUUUGGAAGUUAUGCCUAUCCGGUCUCAGAGGUGGUUUAUACCUGGACCCUGGGUGCUGCUAAGUCCGUGGUCGUGGCAGAGGACGGAUCCAGACUCAACCAGUACCAUCUCAUUGGUCAAACUGCAGGGACCGAGGACAUCUACACCAGUCGAGGACAGUACACGGUAAUGAUGGCCCACUUCUACCUGAAGAGGAAGAUCGGUUACUUUGUCAUCCAGACCUACAUGCCCUGCUUCAUGACCGUCAUCCUCUCCCAGGUGUCCUUUUGGCUGAACCGAGAGUCUGUGCCUGCCAGGACUGUCUUCGGUGUGACAACAGUGCUCACCAUGACGACCCUCAGCAUUAGCGCACGUAACUCUCUGCCCAAGGUGGCUUAUGCCACAGCCAUGGACUGGUUUAUCGCUGUCUGCUACGCGUUCGUCUUCUCUGCUCUCAUCGAGUUUGCAACUGUCAAUUACUUCACCAAGCGGAGCUGGGCUUGGGAUGGAAAGAAGGCCAUGGAAGCUCAGCAGCCCAAGAAAAAGGACCCCUUGGCAUUGUCGAAGAAGCCAAACAACGCCUGUUCCGCCGGGGGUGUGAACUACACACCCAACCUCAAUAAAGACACAGCCAUCGCCACCAUCUCCAACAGCACCUCCGUACCGUUGAAAUCGGCCGAAACAAAGGCACCUGACCCCAAAAAGACGUACAACAGUGUCAGCAAGAUCGACAAAAUGUCCAGGAUAGUGUUCCCGGUGCUGUUUGGAACUUUCAACCUGGUCUACUGGGCCACUUACCUCAACCGAGAGCCAGUAAUCAAAGGUGCUGUGUCACCCACAUAAAGAUCCCUUUGCCCCUAGGCUCCCAAUGUCAGCCAUAUUGCGCCACAAACCAGGUUGCCAUAGAAACCAAUUUCAAGCACUGAAGACUUGCCGUAGUCAUAAGUUGUGAGAACUUCCCUUUUUUUCAUAAAUUGCAUGACAAAAGCUAUUGGAAUUACUAUUGCCAUGUUUGCCUUGACUCUUUUUACUGUAUACUAGUCAAAUAGGGUUUCUUAAAGAAUGUUGCAUUUUAUUCAACACAGCAAGAAUUUUUACCAUUGCAAAUUACUUUCCAAAUUCAGUGACCUGAUCUAUACUACAUAGCAUUUGAAGCGUACAUUUUUGUCAUUAUAAUAACAUAGGUUAUAUUGAAAACAUUGAGGUAAAGCAAAGCCAAAUGCUAUGCAAAACAUUUUAUACUUUACAGCAAAACAAUCCUCAUGCCAUAGACGUUUGCCUAAAGCUUCACUUAUUUAAGAAUGGACUUGGUCAACUGAACAUGAAAGUUGCAGUUUGAAGUAGAAGAAUAGAUUUGGGGGAAAAUGUUGCCUUUGGUAUCAAGUCCACCUACC